AUGAGUUCCCUUUCUUUGCCGCCGUUUUGUUAUUCGUUGAGAGAGAAGGCAAUGGAAUCUCGAUUUUACCCAGCAAUUCCGGGGAUAUCAGAUGCCCUUGAGUUGCCUGAGUUCUUGGAAAUAUCAAGACAGAAGAAAUUUGUUUUGGUUAUUGGUUCAGAUAGCAUAGAUGAAGCCGACAUGGGCAACCAAGUCUCGAAAUUUCUAGAAGGCUACAGAGAAGGAAGUGUGAUUCAAAAACGCAUCUCAGGCCCAAGCUUGAUGGAAUUCAUAGCCUCGAAUUUUGCUGUCAAGAUUUUUCUCAUUUUCCUAUUUGUUCUGCUGGUGAUGAUACUGAUCUUGGCAACAGUGAAAGAUGAACCUCAAACUGUCGACACUCGGGUCACGGCUGAAGAUAGAAGGACCUCUGCCUCUCAGACCGAAGCCAGAGACAAAGAGGAUUGA